CAACAAUUCGACAUGACAGCGACGAUGGACAUUGCCGCGUUCUUUGGCGGCCUCCGUGCAACGCGCCACGAGCUCCACGCGCACCCCGAAGUGAGUUUCCAGGAGUUUAAAACUCAAGAGCGCCUGGAAGCGUAUUUGGUGAACGAGUCCCGCAUCCCCAAGGACAACAUCACACGCGUCGCGACGACCGGCCUUGUUGUGGACAUCCACGGUCCCACGGAUGGAGACAAGACGACUUCGUUGACGUGCAUCGCGUUUCGUGCCGAUAUGGAUGGUUUGCCGAUGACUGAGGCGAACCCGCGCUUGCCGUACAAGUCGACAGCCGUGCAAUGCGCUCACAUGUGCGGUCACGAUGGGCACAUGGCGACUCUGUUGGGGUUUGCAACGCUCGUACAGUCCCACCGCCACUUGCUCCCGCCACACACGACGGUGCGAUUGUUGUUUCAGCCUGCUGAGGAAGGCCACUUUGGAGCCCCCGCCAUGAUCCAGGAUGGGUGCCUGGACGGCGUGGACGAAAUCUACGGGUACCACAACAUCCCGUAUCCCGUGGGCGAAAUCCGCGUGAAGGCGGGGCCGAUGAUGUCGCAUUCCGCUCGGUUUUCGAUCAAAAUUCGCGGUCCCGGCGGCCACGGAUCGGCUCCGCACCAAACGCAGGAUCCGAUUGUGGCGGCGGGGCACAUCAUUGUCGCGAUGCAAUCCAUUUUGAGCCGCAACGUUGCUGCUCAUGACAGCGGCGUGCUCUCCAUCACCCAAGUUCACGGCGGCGAAGCCGACAACGUCAUUCCAUCCGUCGUCACGUUGUCUGGCACGUUGCGUGAUUUUUCGCCGGCCGUGUCGGCCCUCAUGCAGAAACGCAUGGCCGAGAUUGUCGAGCACACGUCCAAAGCGUACAAUGUCGAGGGGGCGAUUUCGUUCAAGGAUGGGUAUCCAGUAGUGGUCAAUGCGUCGGCGCAGGCGGACAUUGUGACGAAGGUGGCGCAAAAGGUCGUGGGGUCGGCAAAAGUGACCGCGGAUGGCCUUCCCCUUUGCGCGUCCGAGGAUUUUGCCUAUUAUUUGCAAACGAUUCCAGGCUGCUUUUACUUUGUUGGAACAAACGACACGGCGCAAAGCCAAAAUCGAUCCGUCCACAGCGACACGGUCGGUCUUCUCGCCGCGAUGCGCGAUCACGUCCUGACAACGUGUUGUUGGUUGUGUAGUACGACUUCAACGACGAUAUUUUGCCCGUCGCUGUGCGCAUGUUUGUCGAGGUCUUGCAACAUCGCUUCAACUGCACGUUGUUUUCCGACCACGAACUGCAAGCGUGGACGCAAUAAAGGAUGGCCGCAUCGUCUCAAGCUUCUCGUGGACAAGCUCCGGCAGCGCGAAACCUGACGAAUACUUUAUAAUCGAUCAAGAAGUGCUCCAUCAACCCUCGCUGCACGUCGACCAUCCCGCCCCCUUUUUCAACUUGUGCUCACUGUGUGUGGCAUGUUUGGCAAUCCAGCAAAUGCAUUCCGUCCGACGUGGCGCC